CUGCUGCUCAUCUGCUGUUCUGUCUGCCCAUGCCGCACGCCCGCUCUCCCUCCAGCCGCUGCUGUGCACCGCCGUGACCAACCCGCGACGCGCCCAGCGCCCAUGUGUUGCCCUGCUUGACUCGUCGGUCCCUGGAUUCGCGGUAGCCCUUGACCCCUACGCACGGCCGCGUCGUCGCCUAGCAGCGCGCGCAACCACCGGCAGUCCGCCCAAACACUGCAGCUUCACUCUGCACCGCAGGCUGCCCCCGCGCCUGCUGCAGCUCCCGGCCCCGCGCGCUCGCCAUGUCGCUGAACGGGCUGGACGACAUUGCCGUCACACAGGCGUACCAGGGCGCACUGGCCGAGGCUGGCGGAUGGUUCCUGCUCAAGUAUACGGCAAGGGAUGCCGUCGACGUGCUGACCACGGGAACUGGCGGGGCCCAAGAGGCGCGCGCUGCCGUCGCACAGUACGAAGACAAGUCGCCGCUGUACGGGCUGCUGCUGUACCGCCGCCGCAAGGUCUUGGUCAAAUACGUGCCCGAGGGCACCUCGCGCCUGCUCCAAGCCCGCGUUGCUGUCCACUUCAUCACCGUGACCGAGAAGUUCGCGCCGCACGACAUUGUCCUCUCCAUCAGCAGCCCCGAAGAGCUUAGCGAUGCCGCCCUUACCUCGGCCUGCACCCUGCACACCGCCGCCCCCUCGAGCUCCUCGUCCAGUGGCUCGUCCGCAAGACAUCAGAAGUUGAGCUGGAUCAGGGAAGAGUCGGAGGCGCCCAGCCAGCCUGCAGGAGACGACGCCCCCGCCCUGCAGCGACCGACGUCGCCCUCCACCAUUCCGACCAUACUCGAGCCCGCCAGCAACGAGGCUGAGUCUCUGCGGCGUGCCUCAGUAGUGUCGCAGCACACCGAGCAGGUCCCCGUUGUCCUCGACGACAAGGUGGUCGAACCUGCGCCGGCCGACGUGAAGCCUGCGCCGGAGAUCUCGCACGUCACGAUUGAGACUGUUACACAAGGGCCGCGAACACCCGAGGCCGACGACGUCAGCGACUUGAGGAGGACGUUCACGAACGACUCGCUGUUCGAGGGUGGUGCCGAGCCCCGUGCCUCCUCGCAGACCGCUCGCCCAGACUACAACGAGCUGUACGAGCACUACUACGCCCAGUACACCAAACCUAAAGAGAAACUCGGGCCUCGACCUCGCGCCUCACAGGAAGGGAGGCGCCCUUCCACCUCAGGCAGUGGUUCUCAACUCGGCGCGAAAACAAAGUCGUCCCUACCAUCUGGUCUUCGCUCCGCCGCUCGCAAAGCCGCUGAAUCGAAGAAGCCUAAGCUCAAAGACUCAAGGUCCGAUUCGAACCCCGCAGUCCCUACCACUCUGCCUUUGCCGCCACCAUCUCCUAUACCCGAGACUCCUAUUUCUCCUAUUUCUGUCACCUUCUCGCUGAAGGGUCCGGCGAGUGUACGGUCUAUGCCUGUUGGUUACAGUGGCGGACUCAAGUCCAACAGCAACACACACGAACGGACACGUUUGAUGAAAGCAUUGGAGCUGCGUAAAAAGCAGAUGAAGGCUCAACAAGACCGACAGAGCAAGAUGACAGAGGAAACAACAGAAAGUGGCGAGGCAACGGCGCAGAUUGUUGAGUCUACAUCAUCCCUUGACAGCGAUAGCACAGCGGCAGACGCACCACAAUCUGGUAGCAAUACUAUGAUUGAAGAUGCGAGUGUUGCAAAAUCCUUGCCUGUGAACAACGGAGAGGACGCCAUCAAGGAACCCAGUAGAGAGGAUUUUGAAGACAGAAAGAUCUCACUGGAGGAGGAUACAACUUCAUCUUUGGCAGUGGACAGCUCAGGUAUGGUCUACACCAGCAACCAGACCGAGAACGAUGAUCUCAAUUCUGCUGCAUCCGUGUCCUCGCCGGUAUCUGCGCAAACGCAAGGAUCAUCUGUUGCCCCUUCCACCCGGCCCUCAUCCCUGUCAGAGGACGAUCAUAAUACCAGCAUGGAUGAUGCGCAGAAGGCCGCAGACAUUCCAGAACAUACGACAUGGGAUACUCUAGACGAGCAGCAAUCUGUGGACAGCUCGCCGACAGUUGUUCCGGAAAGCAAGACGCCCGUCCCCUCGUUAGAUAUGCAGAUACCUAGUCAGUUGCCGACCCCGCCAGCGGAUGCCCCACUUGAGUCAGACACGUCAAAGCGGGAAUCCACAACAUCCCUUAUACCUUCCGAAUCUCAAGACCCACGCCGCUCUAACCGCGAGUCAACCAUUUACAUGCCCCCUGACGAGCACGCUGGGCAAAAUGACAAUGCGUCUAAGCGCCGCAACAGGGAGUCGAUGAUUCUGCCCUCCUCUAAGAGAGAAAGCUGGUACCAAUCGAAAGAUAAGCGCAGGGCAUUGCUUGAUCCGAUACAGGUCAGCGCAGAAAAUUCCGAGGCAGAGUAUCUAUCCGACGACUCCUUUAUGGAAGAGCUUCGUAGCGCGGAGGUCCGGCAGGCAAAGCCAAUGUCCGUGUCCAAGUCGCCGAUCAUGCCUUUUUUUCCUCGACAGCCUUCUGAGCCUAAGCUUUCUUCACCGCCUAAGCGGGCAGCUUCGACAUCAUUCAACCAGGCCACCCGUACAUCACCAGAACACCUUGUCAGGAAAUCGUCAGGUCCAUGGACCACAUCAACCAGGAGUGAGGAGAUGGGCCCGCCACCGAAGAUGAACUCUGUCAAAGUAUCCGGUGGUAUUGCGCAAAGGAUCAAGGCCCUCGCAGAGAAAUCUAAACGCGAUUCACAAGCAUCGUUAAGUCCACACGAUACCCCACGUUCGCGGCCUGGAUCCAGCUUAGCGCAACGAAAGUCGAAUUUCUUCGCAGCAUCACCAAUCGACAGGUCUCCUGGUGGUACGCCUGUUCAGCGAUUAGGCAGUCCAUCGCACCUAAGCUUGUCUAACCAGCCAACGCCUGACAAGAAACCUACGUUGGAGCCUUCGCCCAUCACAGCGGAUCAAAACGUAUACAACCUACAGGAAGUGGAACAACCCGAGACUGUGCAGGUCACCGCUCGUAUCAUUCAAGAUGAGCGCACUAAGCAACCUACGUUGGCUAUGCCUACCGAAACCACGCCACUGGACCUCCACCAGAGUCCUUUGAUCAUUGAUCAUCAGAAGCCUGCCUUCGUUCCCAAAAGCCCAACUCGUGCGAAAACUGCUUCGUCUAUUGCGACUGAGUCAACCACGUCGCCAAGAGCACCUUCUUCGUCGGGAUCACGUGAUCUGGGCCAUGCACUCCCUCGCUCUUCAUCUGAGAGCAGCUGGCGGCCAUUCGGCCGCCGAAUGAGCGAAACGAGGUCUAUCCACAGUCACGACGGCGAUGAAGAGAAGCGCGAAGAGAAGAAGGGCAAGAAAGAUUCGCGAACGAGCAAGCUGUUCAAGCGAAUGUCUUCGGGCUUGGGGUUGAAGAGCUCCCAAACAAGCCUUGCGCUUCCUGAGCAGGAUAUGCAUUCUACUUCUUUAUCAUCACUGCGGGAACCGCCACCACCUGUUCAGGUUGGCGAUCUCAACGUCCAGUUCCCCGACACACUGUUGUGGAAGCGUCGUUUUGUUGAGAUCGACACCACUGGCAACCUUAUCCUUGGUCCCUCGAUAUCGAAUCCAAGAGGCAUUACCAAGCGUUACCAUCUCACCGAUUUCAAAGCUCCUUAUCCUCCCGACCAGGACCAACAGGAACUCCCAAAUAGUGUAGUCCUGGACUUUAUCGACGGCCGGACCCUGCAGUGUGCGUGUGAGUCCUCCACCUCGCAAGCUCAUGUCCUGCAAAUACUCCGAGAGGCGCACGAUGCAUGGAUUGCCCACAGCCAGACGGCCUAACUCCUUAUCUCCAUUUUCAUCAUACUUACCCUUACACAUACCCAGCCUUUCGCGGCAUAUUUCCUUACGACGUACGAUGGUAGAGUAGACAUUUCAUUUGUGUUUUUGGAUUUACUGCGGUUGCAUGGAUGCCUAGCGGAGGCUCAAAAGGUUCGAUACAUUAUUCUCACUGCAUUCUUCUCUUCGAAAGCUUCGUUCUAGUGGGUGUUUUGUGAACCCCUUUCGACCCCUCUGCAUUGGGUGAGAUUGUACAUUCGGGGUGAGGCUUGGGGCUUUGAUACUUGUAUAAUAUUUAAUGCUGCUGUGCAGCGUGAUAAUGGGUGGCUGGCAUGAAUACAUUAGAGUAUCACUGCG